AUGACUUUUUCUCCAGCCUAGUCUCUUUUGUCAGGUCUGGGACAUGCUUGUAAGGAUGGGCAAAGGAAAAUGCCAAAAGGUCUAAGGAAGCAUUUCUAUUUGCAGGUAAUAGAGUGCACUGAUUAUUUUCUCAGCCUUCCUCUGUAGAGGCAUCUGACAUAUUACUUUGGACGGACAUUUCCAAAGAAGGGUCAGACGUGUGUGGUGCACUACACAGGGAUGCUGCAGAACGGAAAGAAGUUUGAUUCCUCCCGAGACAGAAACAAGCCUUUCAGGUUCAAGAUUGGCCGGCAAGAAGUCAUUAAGGGAUUUGAGGAAGGUGUUACACAGAUGAGCUUAGGACAAAGAGCGAAGUUGACCUGCACACCUGAGAUGGCCUAUGGAGCCACAGGCCACCCUGGGGUCAUCCCCCCCAACGCUACUCUCCUCUUUGAUGUGGAGCUCCUCAGGUUAGAGUGAAAUCCUCUCCGGGGAGUUGGCUGGAGACAUCUGUUAAUAACCAUCCAUCCUCCCUCCCCUGGCCAGCAGCGGGAGGAACCCCCACUGGAAUCCCACCCUUCCCCGCUCACGCUCUCCUGUCGAUAGCGCCGGCCCCUCGGUUUCUUACGCCUUCUCUUCCUUCUCUUUUUUAACUUCGUGGUGUCCGUAUUUUGCCUUUUAUUAGAAGCUUUGCUUUUUGGGGGAAAUUACCUACCGUUGUAACAUUUUCAAGUUGUACAUUUUAUUUAAUUUGCAUGUGAGAAGAAUUCACAGUGAUGAUUGAAAAUAUAUAUAGAUAUAAAUAUAUAUAUAUUCCUUAUUGAAAAACCACUGCCUUACUGUACACUUAAACCAAGAAAGAAAAAAAAAAAACCAACCACAAACGGUGCUCAAAAAAAAACAAAAACAAAACUCCAAUGUACGCCUUGUACAUGAAGGGCAUUAGCCAAACAGUUACCUGCGCUGCCACUUUCCUCAACUUGUACGUUCUGCUUGCUGCUGUUUUAAAAAAUACUGUCUCAUUUAAGAAUUAAAAGUAUAUAUAUAUAAAAACAAUAAAAUCUUGAUACUUUA